AUAUCAUCCCCUCUCUCUUACUUAUUGCUGCUGCUCUCUCUGCAUCCGCUGCUCCACAUUUCUCAGAUUCAUAUCCGACCUCCGCCUGAUCAUGAUCCACCCACCACGUGGAUUCAUCUCAUUCACUCUUCCCACGUAUCACUCUCACGUGCCUGCAACCGUUGCAGCCUUUCUCCUUUUCUCAGGCACUCAUGCAAUGAAAUCCCAUCGGUGUUGGAUUUGGGGCAUUUUGUACAGUAUUCUCUAUCUUCUUCUUCUUCCUCCUUUUUCCUCUUUUGAUCAAACAAACAAACAAACGUACCACCAACGCUCCCCGCACCCAAAUCCGGCAAACGUAGCAUAAUGGAAAAUGACCAAAGUUGUAAUAAUACAGCUCAUCCCUGGGAAACACGAGACUUUCAUGCUUCCAAAUUCGGUUUUGGUAACUAUAACAGGCUCGACUCCUACUCCUACGCCUACGCCACUACUACCGCGCCCGUAACCGCCAGGGUGGAGAAUGAGUUCUUCACGCAUCCACAGGGAAGUGUAUCUCACGCGCUGAUGUUCCCUCACCAUGAUGGAAACGCUAUUACCACCAUCAGCCGCAGCAGCAGCAGCAAUAGCAGUUGCAGCAACCGCUACUCUCUCUACGGCGGCGAUGGGUCUCGCUUGCAUCCGGACCCGCAUCUCGUGUGUUUGAAGCUAGGGAAGCGCCACUAUUUCGAGGACUCUACGUCUCUCGGGGCCUCCAUAGGGAAGCGAGGUAAACCCUAUUAUAACCUUCGCGGUGGUGCGAUGGGGCAGUCCUCGCCGACGACGGCGGUGCCUAGGUGUCAGGUGGAAGGGUGCCAUGUGACGCUAGUGAACGCCAAGGAUUAUCACCGGAGACAUAAAGUGUGCGAGAAGCAUUCUAAGGCUCCUACUGUUAUGGUGCUAGGGUUAGAACAACGGUUCUGUCAACAGUGUAGCAGGUUUCACGUAGUGUCUGAGUUCGACGACUCGAAGAGGAGUUGCCGGAGGAGAUUGGCAGGGCACAACGAGCGAAGAAGAAAGGGGUCUCAUGAUUCUGUCUCAAGGACAGAUAAUAGGAUGGCCAGAAGACAUCCAUAUUUAUCAUCAUCGACAGGUUGUGCUCUCUCUCUUCUGUCAUCUGUCAAUGAUUCUUGGUUUUCUCCAUCAGAUCUCUCCUCAAGAUCCAGUGCUGCUUUACGUGAGCUGAUUGCAGAAAAUCGUGCUUCUAUUCUUGCUCGCCAGCUUAUUCGUGACCAAGACUGGCAGUUGCACCACCACUCAAUGGAAGACCUUGGAGAAGCUCAGGCUGGUUCCAAUUCUAUGACAGGACUUCAGCACCGUCCAUUUCCCGAAUCUCACGGUUGGGAUCCGUUCCCAGGGACUGGUUCACACGUGACAUUGGAUCUGAUGCAGGCUUCAACCUCAGCAUUCAGUAUGUUGUCUGUGAGAGGAAAAGCAAAGGAGGAGGAAGAAGAGUGUUCUGAAUUGUGGAAUUCAUUGGAGGGGGCCCAUGUCUGAACUUAUUGCAAUUUGUUAGGGCAGUUUAGUGAGCUAGUAAGGAUUUGCUAGGAUAUGUAUAAAAUCUGUUGUUGUAUUGUAUAAUUCCAUCACAAUUUCAUUCAGAGGAAUUCUGAUUGCCUCUGUGAUCUGUACCACAUAUAUUUUCAUUUGAUGAACUUCUGAGAUACUUUACAGAAUAAUCUGAAACAUAAGUUACAUUAAUUUGAGAUGUAUUCUUUUCUACUCUUGUUAAAUGAAGUUGUUUAUCUUUU